GUAGAAAUAAAGCUGAUUGCUUAAACUCGGUAUGAUUCGGAUCAGUUCGGUCACAAGUUUCUCUUACAUUGAAUCAACAGCUGAUAUUGUUUUUCUAUUUUAAUUUUAUCAAAUAAUAUUAUUAUUCAAUUUGCUAAUUAAUAAACAAUAAUAUUAAAAACGUAAAAUUUAAAAAAGUUAUUUCUAACGUAAAAAAAAUCGAAAUAAAAAUAUUUCGAUUGAACGAAUGACUUACAAUUUCGACAACGAAAUAAUCAACAUCACGCGUUACGAGGAACCACCUGUUUGCACAAUUUUAAUUUAACAUUUAAAAAUGAUUAAAAUUAAUAAUUAAAAAAUGUGAUAAGAUUGAUUAAAUCAUCAGUGUAUAAAAUAAAUAUUACAACAGUGAUUAUUAUUAUUUAAAUAUAAAAACAAACAGUGCUGUGAAUAAAAAGAAAAAAAAAAUCAUAAAAAUACUAAUUUUUAAUUUAAAAUUAAUAAAACAUUAAUAAUAAAUAAAUAAUUAUUAUAAUCAUUUUUUUAAAAGUUGUCUAAGCAGCUUAUGUAGCAUGUAUAAGUUCUAUACACUUGUAUAAUUGACCUACAUUCACUUGAAGCAGUAAGGUUUUUGUUAAUCGACAACGAUAAACAGGGAGUUUCAUAAUAUUAUUUAAAAUAAAAUCUUUCAAAUGAUUAAAAUUAUUUAAUCUAAAAUAAUAUAUAUUUUUAUAUAAACACAAAAUUUUUAAUUAAUUUUACAUCAACAAUAAUGGAUUCUAAAAAUAUACAUAAAUUAAAAAUUCAACAAUUAAAUAGUAAUAAUAAUAGCUCACGUAUAAUAAAGCAAAAAAAUAUACGUAAAAUGAGUACAAUGCCUGAAGAGGAGGGCUCAGAAGAUAUAGAAACAGAUAAUAAACGUAUGCGAGAUUCAAUAGACUCAGAUGAUGAUGAAAGUCAAAGUGAUGAAGAGCUAGAUCAAGAGAAAAAUAAAUUACUCGAUUCUAAUAAUAAAAAAAUUAUUCAAAUAUCAUCAAUUGAUACAACAAAACAAUCAUCAACAACAAAUAAUAAAAAAUCUCCAACAAAUUUAAGUAAUGAAAGUAUUAUAAUAAAUGAUAAAUUUAAUUCAACAAUACAAAAUAAAUGUCAAAAUAAUAUUUCAAUAAAUGAUACAAAAACCAAUAGUAAUAUUGAUACAACAAUAAAUAAUAAAAUUCAACGUGAUAAUUCAAUAAAUGGUUGUGGUAAAAUAAAUAAAUCAGGUGAAUUUUAUAGUGCUAGACAACAAUAUAGAUAUCCAAGUAUGAAAUCAUUAAAAUUAAAUAUAACAAAUGGUGAUGAUCAUUUGAUACAUCAAAAUAAUUAUCAACAUCAUCAUCAACAAUAUUAUCCUCAUAGUAAUUCUCAUCAAAAUCAACCAGCAUCAAGUUGGUCAUCAAUAACAUCACCAGAUAUUGGAUUAACAAAUAAUUCAAUAAGAACAACACCAUAUUAUGACACAGUAUCAAUAAGAUCACUUGCAUCAAUUGGAAUGGGAUCAUCUGAUGGAAGAAAAUUAACAAUUCGUCGAGUACCAACAUCACCAUCAGAAUUACUCAAUAUUGUUCAUCCACCCACACCAAUUGAGGAUGAUUUAUCAACAUCUGAUAGUUUUGAUGAUGGACAUGGUGAUGAUGCAAAUGAUUAUCGUUCAUUAAAAAGACCACAUUGGGCAAAUAAAAUGCAAUUUGUUCUUGCAUGUGUAGGAUAUUCUGUUGGUCUUGGUAAUGUUUGGAGAUUUCCAUACUUGUGUUAUAAAAGUGGUGGAGGUGUUUUUUUGGUACCUUAUUUUAUAAUACUCAUUGUAUGUGGUAUUCCACUUUUAUAUAUGGAACUUGCACUUGGACAAUUUACACGUAGAGGACCAAUUGGUGCUCUUGGACAAAUUUGUCCUCUUUUAAAAGGUGCUGGAUUAUCAUCAGUUGUAAUAUCAUUUCUUAUGUCAACUUAUCACAAUGUAAUUAUUGCAUAUGCAAUAUAUUAUUUUUUCGCUGCAUUCAGAGCUGAUCAUCCAUGGGCAGGUUGUAAUAAUUCAUGGAAUACUGAAUCAUGCUGGACUGGUUCAUCAAGUGAUAAUAAAACAAGACCAGAUACAUCAAGAACACCAUCUGAAGAAUUUUUUGAUAAUAAAGUGCUACAAAUAAGUACAGGAAUUGAAGUACCUGGUAAUAUUAGAUGGGAAAUAUUUGCUUGUUUAUUGAGUGCUUGGAUAAUUGUUUAUUUUUCAACAUGGAAAUCAAUAAAAUCAUCAUCACAAGUUAGAUAUUUAACAGCAACAUUACCAUUAAUAUUAAUAAUUGUAUUUUUAGCACGUUCAUUAACACUUGAGGGUGCUGAAAAAGGUUUACAAUUUUUUUUUAGACCAAGAUGGCAUUUACUUGCUGAUCACAAGGUAUGGGUUAAUGCAGCUGCACAAAUAUUUAGUUCAGUUGGAAUAUCAUUUGGUUCAAUGAUAUGUUUUGCAAGUUAUAAUAAAUUUCAUAAUAAUAUAUUUAUUGAUACAAUGGCUGUGUCAUUUAUAAAUGCAUUUAGUUGUUUACUUGUUGGUAUAUUUGCAUUUGCAACAAUUGGAAAUAUUGCUAUGGAACAAAAUAUGUCUGUUGAAGCUGUAUUAUCUGAUGGUCCUGGACUUGUUUUUGUUGUUUAUCCACAAGCAAUGGCUAAAAUGCCAGCAUCACAAUUAUGGGCUGUGUUAUUUUUUUUUAUGCUACUUUGUCUUUCACUCAAUAGUCAAUUUGCAAUUAUUGAAGUUGUUGUAACUUCAAUACAAGAUGGUUUUCCAAAUUGGGUCAAGACAAAUUUAUUAUGUCAUGAAAUACUUGUAUUUAUAAUAUGUGUUGUUUCAUUUGCAUUUGGUUUACCAAAUGUAACUCAGGGAGGAAUAUAUUUUUUUCAAUUAAUUGAUCAUUAUGCAGCAUCAAUAUCAAUAAUGUUUUUAGCAUUUUUUGAAGUUAUUGCAAUAUCAUGGUUUUAUGGUGUUAAAAGAUUAGGUAAAAAUGUCAAAGAAAUGACUGGACGUGCACCAUCAUUAUAUUUUCGUUAUUGUUGGUUAAUUGCUGCUCCACUAUUAAUAAUGUCAGUGUGGGUGUUUAGUUUAAUUGAUUAUGAACCACCAACAUAUGGUAAUGGUGCAUAUAAAUAUCCAUGGUGGGCUGAGACUAUUGGCUGGGGAAUAGCAUCAUUAUCAUUAAUGUGUAUACCAGCAUUUGCAAUUUAUGUUCUCAUCAGAUCAGAUGGAACAACAUUUAUCGAGAAACUUCGUAAUUCAAUAAAACCACAUUUUGAAGCAUGUAUUGCAUGUGGUCAAGAAUAUUGUGCCGAACAACACAGUAUACAUAGUUUAGAAGAUCAUGAAUUAAAAGAACCACUUCAUGAUAUUAAUAAUUUUCCAAUAAAUACAAUACCAAUUAAUUAUAAUCUUGAUUUAAAAAAAUAGAAACAAAUAUUUCUUAUUACUAAAUUAAUAUAGACACAUUAAUUUUAUUUUUGUCUAUAAAAAUAAAUUUAUAAAAAUAACAAAAAAUAAUAAUUAAAAUAUUUCAUAAAUAUUCAUUAAUAAUUUGAUAAAAAAAUAUUAUAGAUUAUGUGCCAAACAAAAUGAUGAGAUAAAAAUAAAGUUGAAAAAAAAAGCAGCUAAAAAUCAAUGCAUGAAUUAAAUUUUAUAUAAUUUUAUUUUUUUCACAAGGAAAUUAAAUAAAUUUAAAUUAUUUUAUAUGUCAUGUAGGUAUCAAUCUUUAUAAAAAAAAAAAAAAUUGAAAAUUGAGUUAAAUUCAUGUUUUCUCUUUGUAUAAUAAAAUAUUUAAUGUAACAGAAGGAGAGAUAAAGAGGGAGUGAAAAUAAACGAUAAAUUCGUUAACCCGGUUUGUUUUCCAAUACAUCUAUUUUGCCUUUAUCAUAUAUAUUUUUUUUUUAUCAUCUCUUGUUGCUUUGUCUACUGUUGCUUGCUGUUGUAGUUUUGCUUCUAUAAUUAUUAUAGAAGAAGUCGUAAAUGAAGAGAUGGAAACUUGUGUUGUUGUUGUUGUUGUUGUUGUUG